AUGCACAAAUCGCUUCUCUGGAAGCUGGCCUGCAGCACGUUGCUGUUCGCCGCCGCUUCGGCCCAGGACGUCUCUUCAACGACCGACGCCGCGCCCACGGACGCACCCACCGAGACUCCCACUGGUUCCUCCUCCGCGCCGCCGAGCGUGACAGCAUCGGCAAGUAGCAGCGCGGAGGAGCCAAGUGGUACCGUCUCUCAGAGCACCUCUGCCACGUCCGGUGGUGGUGGUUCCUCGCCAACUGGCGGCGGUGGUACCGAUUACUGGGCUGGCAAGCCUGCUGAUGUCAAGCUACGAGUCCCCGAGCUACAUGUCGGCCGCAUUGAGUUGGUAGUCGACAACCUGCAGGCCGAUAUCAACCUCGCGGCUCAGGUUGCGAACCUGGUCGAGCUCAAUGCUGGCGUCCAGGUCGGUAUCCAGAAAGUCAACGUCACCAUUGCAGAAGUCGACGCAGAGCUCGACCUCGUCAUCAGACUCGGCAACCUUGUCGACAUUGUCAACCGUACACUCGAAUCACUCAACCUGAACCCUCUGCUCAUCAACGUGCUCGAGGACGUUGGCGACCUCGCCGGUGCUGUCAUUGGCGCUGUCGAUGGCCUGCUGGGCUCCAUUGUCAAUGGCGACUCGACCAUCAACUUCCUGAUUGACAACCUGGGCAACAUUGUCCAAGAGGUAGCCGGCGGCGCUACUGGUGCCGUCAGCUCCAUUGUCGGCAACUACCUCAACAACAUGACCUUCACUGGUGCCCAGGAGAUUCUCAAGGGCGGCAACAUCCAGAAGACAUACUCGUAUUCGCCACUUAAUUCUCUCGUCAAUAUUAUCUUCAACUCUGUCGGUCAUGUUGUCCAAGCCGUCGUUGUCAAAGGUGGCAGCGGCGGUGGCGGCGGAGGCGGCAGCACGUCAACCACGACUGCCAGCACGAUUCCUACCGCGUCUGCCACCCCGACAGCUGCCCGCAGAUCAUAA